CAUACGCUCCCCUAGCUCCAUUUCUUGUUGUUUUAUAGCCAGCAUAUAGGAACUUUACCCCCCUCAAGAUCAAUUCGAAAAAUCUGGAAUUCAAAUUUUGUCCUGCCAGAGAUUUCCACUGUCAUUUCAAAGAUCCAGUCUUUUUUCAUUUUUCUGUUUGGAUUUCUCUUGUGGGUGGGGGCUUCUUGGAUUUUUGUUUUCAGUCUGGGAAAACCCUCAAAUUCCAGUUUUUUUUCCCUUCGUUUCCCUGUCUUCAAAUUUCAACACUACUGUUCUAGAGGUAGUAGUCUGGUGGUUGGCGUUUCCCAAGUUGUUCUUCUGGAUCUUCACUCAAAGAUUGUAGGGUUGACAGAGUCGUAUAAGAUUUGUUGAGAUGGAGAAGAGAAAAUGGCUAUGGAAAAGGAAGUCUUCUGACAAGGGCUCGGGCGAAAUUGAAAGCUCAUAUGAGCAGGACGCAACGAAGGAAUCAUCCCUUGAUCAUCACGAUGAAAAGUCGCCUGAAGUUACCUCAAAGUCUGCUUCCACAGAUGACGAUGAAGUUAAGGAAAGUCUAAAAUGUCUGACAACAAAGUUAUCAGCUGCCCUUGUUAAUGUUAGUGCCAAAGAAGACCUGGUUAAGCAGCAUGCCAAAGUUGCCGAAGAAGCUGUCGCAGGCUGGGAAAAGGCAGAAAAUGAGGUAGCUGCUUUAAAAGAGCAACUGGAUGCAGCAGUUCAGCAUAAUGUGCAGCUUGAUGGAGCUCUCAAGGAAUGUGUCAAGCAGUUGAGAAAUGCCAAAGAUGAGCAGGAGCAAAGGAUUCAAGAAGCCAUAUUAGAGAAGGCCAUGGAAUGGGAAUCCAGCAGGGAUGCUCUAGAGAAAGAGCUGGUUGAGCUCCGGUUAAACGCGUACCCUAUACCUGCUCAUCAUGAUAUUCUCCAGAAGCUUGAACUCCUGGAGAAAGAGAACACAAGUCUCAAACUUGAACUCUUUUCUCUGACCAAGGAGUUAGAGGUUAGGACAAUUGAGAGGGACUUGAGCACCCAAACUGCAGAAACAGCUAGCAAACAGCAGCUUGAAAGCAUAAAGAAGUUUGCGAAACUUGAGGCAGAGUACAGAAGAAUGCAACAAGCACAGUCUCGUGAAUCAUCUGCAUGCCAUGGUAAAAAAUCUUGGGAUAGCCAAACUGAGAGUGGCGAGCACAAUCCGUGUGGCUCAGACUGCUGGGCUUCAGCAUUGAUUGCUGAGCUUGAUCAGUUCAAGAAUGGCAAGUCCUCAUUCAAGAAUAUAGCUUCUGUCCCUGUAGAAAUUGACAUUAUGGAUGACUUUCUUGAAAUGGAAAGACUUGCAUCGUCUCUAGGUGACGGCAAGAGUGAAAAGGCCGACGUGUCGCCCCAAGCUACUUCCCACACAUCUUCCAGCAUAGAGGAUCAAUCAGCAGCAGAACUCCAGACUACGAUUCAUGGUGUGGAGGAACUAGAGAAGAAGUUAGAGACAAUUGAAGCUGAGAAAACGAAACUGGAAGGCGCAUUGAGUGAUACCCAAGAUGCCCUUAAGGCAUCUCAGUUGCAGUUUAAGGAUGCAGAAAUCAUGCUGGAGGUGUUGCUAAAGGAGCUAUCCGCAGUGAAUGAGUCUAAAGAAAUGCUGGAGUCUUUGAGGUCAGAUGCUGAUAGAGAACACUCCUUAUCUACAGAUAUGACACAGAAAAUGGGAAGAAAAACUGAAGAAGUUGAGCUUAAUCAAGCUUCAAGUUUAUGUUCAAGUGAGGAACCGAAAGUGAAACAGGAAGUUUUAGAUGUGGCUGCCACCAAGCUAGCUGAAUGCCAGAAAACGAUUGCAUCCCUCGAAAGGCAGCUCCAAUCACUGGCCACAUUGGAAGAUUUCUUGACAGAUGCCCCAAAUCUUCAAGGGCUCUCUGGUGGUGGGGCCGACCUGUGGAAGACACAUUUGGAUGAGACAUUUGCCCAAAAACUUGACUCAGAUCAUCUGGAAAUUUCAGAUCAAAACUCCAGCAAUUCCACAAAUGAAGGAAACUAUGAGGAGUCCCCCAUGUCAUCCUCUUCGUCGGAUUCAUCAGCAGCCAAUCAUGUCAGCAGUUCCAGAGGAAAGAAUGGGUUUGGUAAGCUGUUUUCUAGGAGUAAGGGUAGAAUCCAGCCUUAGAUAUAUGUAUAGGCUGUGGAAAAUGUUGUUGUUGAACUUUGAUCUGUAAAACUUGUGAAUUGGUUAAAGCCAUUUUAGCCAUAGUCUGUUCUAUUAUGGGGUGGCAUUAGAACCCACAUUAGUUAUAGCUUGUAAAAACUCUAAAGUGAAAUUUAUUUCCAAUAGGACUAAAACAUAGUCCAUUUU